AUGCAGAGUUACGUCUGGCUAAUUGGCGCCUUGACCGCGCUGGCCGCCACCGCCCAGGGCGCCACCACCCAAACGCAGCCGACAACGCCAUCGGCCACACAGCUGGCCCUGGACAUGUACCAUGGCUGCCUCAAGGAUCUGAGCAUCUCGUGUGUGCGCCCCAAGGCGCUGCAGUGGUUCAACGCGGCGCUGCAACAGAACGAGGUGCGCCUAACUGACCGCCUGUCGGUGGUGCGCACCGCACAGCAGCAGCCGGAGGCCAGCAGCACCACUGGUCGUGCGCUGAAUGCUGAGCAGCAGCAGCAGCAGCUGUUCGACCGCAUCGACAGCUAUUUGGCCAGCCACGCCCUCAAAAUUCAGGCGCCCGAAUACUUCCGCAGCUCCGAGGCACGCGCCCUGGUGCCCGACUAUCUGCUGCAGAAUCCCCUGACCCAAGGCGGUCUGAUACCACUCGGCGCCGCCAAUGAGGGACGAGGCAUGAUACGCAAGGCCGUGCUGCCCUUCCUGCUGGGCCUCAAGCUGAAGACGACGGUGCUGAUGCCGCUGGUUCUGGGCCUGAUCGCGCUGAAGACCUGGAAGGCCAUGACUCUGGGUCUGCUCUCGCUGGUGCUGUCCGGUGCUCUGGUUAUCUUCAAGAUCGCCAAGCCCAAGAUCGUUAACUACGAGGUGGUGCACUAUCCCCAUCAGGUGGAGCAUGUGGUGCCGCACCACAUCGAGCACAUUGUGCCCCAUCACAUCGAGCACAUCGUGCCACAUCACAUCGAUCACCAUCUGGACCACCACUUGGAUCAUCAUGUGGAUCUGCCCGUGGAGCACAUUGAGCACUUGGAGCAUCCCUCGCCUGCCUGGGACCCACAUGCCUGGGCCCGCUCCUCCCAGGAGCCCCAGGACGCCCAAGACAUGGCCUACGCGGCACAGAAGAGACGUUGAAAUUGAAAAUCGAAGACACGAUGCGAGGACUUUUACA